AUGGCAGCUGACCGGACCGGGACGACACUCGGGGAAAGAGAGAACGCACUCUUAGCAGACGAAGGACCGUUUGAGGAACACGGCGUCAUGCCCCUGAAGAGACAUGCCCGGGUCACAGUGAAAUACAACCGGAAGGAGCUGCAAAGACGCCUCGAUGUGGAGAAAUGGAUUGAUGAGCGCCUGGACGUGCUAUAUGCUGGUCAGGAGGGAGAUAUGCCAGAAGAGGUGACUAUCGAUGACUUAAUUGACCUACCUGACGAUGUGGAACGUGUUAAAAAACUGCAGGAGCUUCUUCAAACCUGUAAUAAUGACACAGAGACCUUCAUCACAGAGCUGAUCGAGAAACUGGAGGGAGUUCAUAAGGAGGAAGCGCUGCAGAGUGAGGGCGUGGAGCAUCCGGUCAUCAGCCACAGCCACCAUCGCCAUGAACCUUAUCACUUCAACAACCCACACCGUGCCCCCCACACCCGAGGCCAGAACCAGACCCUUUGACGAACACCUCCGGCUCCAUUAUACACCCACAAACAACACACAGUAGUUCAACUGUCAACAACGCAUAACACUCACGUAUUUAAUUACCAAUAUAGUUUGUUCGUCAAAUCCAUGCAAGUGGAUAUGUAAAACAUUGGUGGGUUGAGAAUGUCGUGCCAGUCUGUCAACUGCGUGGUUGUGGCACAGUGACAGGAAGGAAGUGUCUGUUCCUUCAACUUAUUCCAUUCAAUGUUUUGUGCAAGGCGACCAUUUUGUCCUUUACAGGAGGUCUCGCUUGCCGUAUGAAGGAAUUUCAUUGUCCACGUAGUGAAACUGAUUUUAUGACGUCACUGACAUUCAUUGCUUCUGUUUUGAGCUUUUGCUUCUACACCAAAUUGCUAAUAAAACUAACACACUGUAUUGCACUGUUAUGUCCUAUGAUACUUUAAUGAUCAUAAACAUAUCGAGAGGCCCUGCUUAAUACUCAGUUGAGGCAUAAAUUGUGAACUAGAGCAGGAGCUACCGUAUGUCUUCUCUCUUUUGCUUUGUAUUUGUUCAUUUUGUAUUCAUAUUGUCAGCAUGCAGUGUUGCAGAGUAACUAAUUACAUGUAACGAGAUUAUCUAAUUUAAUUGCAAAAUAUAUGUAAUUGUAAUCCAUUACAUUACUGGGACAAAAUGUGUAAUUAAAUUACAGUUGCUUUUGGAAAUUUCCAUGAUUACAAUUUUAGUUGCAUUUGAAAAAUAGCCACAAAAAUGUCGUCCUUCUAAAGCCGACGUUUGUGAUUGUCUCUCUCUGGUCAUGUGACAUUCUGCUGUAGUCUCAAACAUGACAUAUUUGACCAAAUACAGUAUGACC